CCACAAUCACAACAGGAAAGAAAAUCCGUUAAUUUUUUUUUGUCACCCAACUACUCUGCGUUCCUCUGAAGUCUGAAACAUUACACCAUCUCCUCUCUCUCUCACACACACUAUCUCUCUACCCCAUAUCAUCUCUUGGCAGUAUUAGCCUAUACUUAUUUCUUCUAAUCUGUUGUCGGAGCAAAAUAUCAGCCUAAUUACUCUCCUGUUGCUAUACACCUAGUGCCAAUAAAAGGCAGGGCAAGACCACAUAUCCAGGUUUUCUUGCUAGGGUCUGCUCAUAUCCCACGAAUUCAGGGUUCAGGCUUCACAAAUUCGAGCUCUGUCCACAAGAAAGAAAGAAAGAAAGAAAGAAAGAAAGAAAGAAGAGAGGAGAUUGUUCUUGGCAGCUGGAACAAAUCAGUAACUUGGUGGUGAAGGGUGGGAAUAUGCAAUUUUGGUCUGAAAGCAUCAUAUGCUGUAUUGCAGUAAGUCGAUCGUGGAGGGUUCUUGGAGCAGUACAAUGUUGGCCCAAAGAUGGGAAAGAUGCAGCAUUCUUCUGCUCGUCUUUCUCCUCUCAAAUGCAUACGGGAGUCUUCUUGAGAGCAGCAGCAGCAGCAGCACCGACGCCGAGGCGAUCGGUUCAGAGAGCGCCCCGGCGUCGGAGGCGGCCGGCGGCGAGGGCAAGAGGCGGUCGCUGGCGACGGGGCUGUUCUGCGUGGCGCUGCAGAACGCCGACCCGGCGGCGCUGCAGGAGGGGCUGAACUGGGCGUGCGGCCAGGGGCACGCCAACUGCGCGGCGAUCCAGCCGGGAGGGCCGUGCUACAAGCAGAACAACCUGCCGGCGCUGGCGUCCUACGCCUACAACGACUACUACCAGCGCAACGCCGGCUCCGGCGCCACCUGCAGCUUCAACGGCACCGCCACCACCACCGCCGCCGAUCCCAGUUCAGGGCAGUGCGUCUUCUCAGGAAGCUCCAUGGCGGGAGGCACCACGCCGGCGGCGAACGCGCCCUCCACCGUCGGCCCGUUCACGCCGGGGUUCGGUAACGGGUCGUCGCCGUCGACCUUCGGAAGCCCGGGCACCAGCCCCCUGACCCCCUUCGACGGCGCCGUCAGCGCCAUGUCCGGCGCUCGCCGGGCGCUGCUGCUGGCGUCGCCGGUCGUCUUCUUCCUCCUCCUCUGAUCAACACCAGUAGCUGGUCCAUGUAAAUUAUGCAUAUGGCAUUCGUUAUAAUUGUAAUUUACUCGCUAGAAGAGAAGUCAGUCACCUUGGCGUAUUUUGUUCCUGAAAUUUACUUGUGCUGCUGUAUAUGUCAGUUGUCAGAUUGAACCCUGAAACUAUUUUAGACCA